AUGAACCUGGAGGCUUUGGAGUCCCCUGGGGGUCUGGGGCCUCGGUCUGAUGUCACGGUUUCCUUUGACGCGGGGCCCCCAUCUCGACUCUCCACUCCAGCAGGGGCCACAGUGCAUUCUCUGCUUCUAGCGUUAGAGAAGAAGCAGGAGAAUGGGGAGACGAUCGAACUGUCGGCGGAGGGGCGGCCGGAGCUGGUGGAGGAGAAGGAGCUGCCCGUGGUGGACUGCACCUGCUUUGGCCUGCCCAGACGCUACAUCAUCGCCAUCCUCUCCGGCCUGGGCUUCUGCAUCUCCUUCGGUAUCCGCUGUAACCUUGGCGUGGCCAUCGUCAGCAUGGUCAACAGCCACACCAUCUACAGAGACAACAAGGAGGUCAUAGUGAAAGCUCAGUUUGACUGGGAUCCAGAGACGGUAGGGAUGAUCCACGGCUCCUUCUUCUGGGGUUACAUCGUCACCCAAAUACCGGGAGGCUUCAUCUGUCAAAAAUUUGCCGCUAACAGGGUGUUCGGCUUCGCCAUAGUGGCCACGUCCUGCCUCAACAUGCUGAUCCCCUCGGCAGCGCGGCUUCACUUCGGCUGCGUCAUUCUCGUCAGGAUAUGCCAGGGCCUCGUGGAGGGCGUCUCGUAUCCUGCCUGUCAUGGUAUCUGGGCAAAAUGGGCGCCCCCUCUUGAAAGAAGUCGCCUGGCCACAACAGCCUUCUGUGGCUCUUAUGCAGGGGCUGUGAUUGCCAUGCCGCUAGCAGGAAUCCUGGUGCAGUACUCUGGGUGGUCAUCAGUCUUCUAUGUAUAUGGCAGCUUCGGGAUCAUGUGGUACUGUUUUUGGAUCUUAGUGUCUUACGAGAGUCCGGCCGCGCAUCCCACCAUCACGGAGGAUGAGAGAACAUACAUCGAGGAGAGCAUCGGUGAAUCUGCCCAGAACGCCACCCCAGUAACGAAAUUCAACACUCCAUGGAGAGCCUUCUUCACCUCCAUGCCGGUGUACGCCAUCAUUGUGGCAAACUUCUGCAGGAGCUGGACCUUCUACCUGCUCCUCAUCAGCCAGCCUGCUUACUUUGAGGAAGUGUUUGGAUUUGAGAUCAGCAAGGUUGGCAUUGUCUCUGCCCUUCCUCACCUGGUCAUGACCAUCAUAGUGCCCAUUGGAGGCCAGCUGGCCGACUACCUGCGCUCCAAUCAGAUCAUGAGCACCACCAACGUCCGAAAGCUCAUGAACUGUGGAGGCUUUGGGAUGGAGGCAACCCUGCUGCUGGUGGUUGGUUUCUCCCACACUAAAGGUGUAGCCAUCACCUUCCUGGUUCUGGCGGUGGGUUUCUCUGGUUUUGCCAUCUCAGGUUUCAACGUCAACCACCUGGAUAUCGCACCUCGCUACGCUAGCAUCCUGAUGGGCAUCUCCAAUGGUGUGGGCACCCUGUCCGGCAUGGUGUGUCCACUGAUAGUCGGAGCCAUGACGAAGCACAAGACGCGGGAGGAGUGGCAGGGUGUGUUUCUCAUCGCUUCCCUCGUUCAUUACGGAGGGGUUAUUUUCUAUGGAGCCUUUGCAUCCGGAGAGAAGCAGGCCUGGGCCGAACCGGAGCAACUCAGCGAGGAGAAGUGCGGCAUUAUGGGAGAGGACGAGCUCGCCAACGAGACCGAGGAGCUGUACCACUCGAACCCCGGAGGAGGCUACGGAGCCAUGUACCAAGGAGCCGAUCCCAACGGUGGAGGACCUGCGGGAGGCGGAGGGGGAGGUUGGGUCUCGGACUGGGACAAAACGGAGGAGUAUGUACAACCGGCUGGCACCAAUAACUACCUCUACGGAGGAGAGGAGGAGCGGGAGUUGAGAUAG